UUUUUGCUUUCAUACUAUACCGAUAUUUACAGUAGUGAAAUACGACCAAUAGAUGAGCAGAAUUGGACCUGUAAUUGAAAUCAAUCGUCUCAACGCGUUCGCGACCAAGUGAUUAGCAGGACAAAGAAAGAAUACCUCAAUACAUUUCACAUAAUAUAAUUGCAACAAAGAUUAGCACGUGAAUCAAUCGAAGUCGCCAAACACAAAUCCCCAAUAGAAGACGCACAAUGUUUUCAUAUAAGCUGCCGUGCGGGGACUUCCAAACGGUCACCACAAUGACGGAGAAAAAUAUAAGCUUCGUGCCGCCAGUUUACGAGCAGAGGUACUGCGCGGCAAUUCAAAUUUUAAUGGGAUGGCAGGAUCAAAUCAAGAAGGUGGUCGAAUUUGGCUGUGCCGAAAUCCGGUUCUUCCCCCUACUACGACGAAUUGAGACGAUUGAAAAUAUAGUUCUGGUGGACAUUGACGAAGCACUGCUGAGGAAGAACAUGAAUCGAAUAGACCCAUUGCUCUCCGACCAUAUUAAGAAACGCCAGAGUCUCCUGCAAGUGCAGGUUCUGCAAGGAAACGUCGCCGAUUCCUCGGAUGAAUUGCGGGACACAGAUGCUGUUAUCGCUUUGGAACUCAUUGAGCACGUUUAUGAAGAUGUGUUGACCAAAAUUCCAUUGAAUGUUUUCGGAUUCAUGCAACCGAAAAUUGCCAUAUUCAGCACGCCUAAUUCGGACUAUAAUGUCAUCUUUACGCGCUUCAAUCCCCUUCUACCGAAUGGAUUUCGUCACGAAGAUCACAAGUUUGAAUGGACGCGGGAAGAAUUUAAGUCCUGGUGCACGUCUAUUGUUCAGAAAUAUCCCAAUUACAUGUUCGCCCUAAUGGGAGUGGGAGAUCCUCCCAAGGGCUAUGAGUCCGUCGGUCAUGUGUCGCAGAUAGCGAUAUUCGUACGCAAGGAUAUCCUCGAAUUGGAGCUAGAGAAUCCGCUGAUUCGCAAUGUAGGGACAUCCAGUCCCUACCAGCUCAUACAUGGCGUCACCUAUCCCUUUCAUGUGGAUACCAGGAGUCAGGAGCAACGUAUCUGGGACGAUGUUCAAUAUGAGCUGAAUAAUUUUAAGCAAUACUGCAAAUACCAAACCGAAGAUGACGACUGUUCGGAUAUACAUAAACUACCAUUUGAGUCACUACUGUCACGCAUCCAUCGCACUGGCGCUACAAGAGAAAUACUUGACGAUAUCCUAAAAAAGAAAUCAGUUCAGGUCAAGGAUGAUUUCGUUCUGAUAGAGGACUCGGACGACGAUUCCGUAACUUCAACCCAUAGUGAUGCCGAUGAGCAGAGCUUGAAUGAGGUCCAAUUAUCCGGAGAGGACGAGGAGCUUUGGGGUGUCAAUUAAGCUCCGCUCCCAAGAUUGGGGCCCAGAAUAAUAUUUUUUCAUAAGUCCCGGUGAACUCCCAUAUUGGGACUUCGAAUAAAUCCAGAACCAAA